AUGUCAAUUCAAAAAGAUAUAAACAAAAUUGUAAAAUCAACUGAUGUAGCUACUCCUAUGGAUGAAGAUGUACCAGAUUUAACUUUACUGAUUGAAUCACUCAAAUUAAGUUCUGAUAAUAGUUCACAAACGAAAUUACCAACUUUUGAAACACUCAUCAAAUUACCGGAAAAUCAACUACAGUCAGUCUUAACAUGCCUUGAUUUUAUAACUUGGCCAGAAGAUGUAACAGCCGAUUUAUUAAAAAUGAUUGCCGAUACAGAGACUAUAUCAAAUGAAAAUGCUGUAUUACUUAUUUAUUCAACAGCCUAUGUAAAAAUUAUGGCCUUAUCAUCAAGUGCUUCGCGAUUAUUAAUGAACAGUAUUAUACAACUAUCCAUGAGAAAAGGACAAUGCGUUAUUAAUGGUUUAAUAGUUCCUCUACUUUUCCAAUCCGAUUUAUCCAAAUUAAAGGUGGAAGUCAUUGUAAAAUCCCUGCAAGAAUUAAGUUCUUCUCAAAGGCUUUCGUUAUUAAGGAUACUGUUAUCAGAUGGUGAGAUCUAUUUUAGUAGUAAACAGAAUAGAAUUAUUUCAAGUAAUAACCGCAACUACUUGAGACCUUGGAAUGAUACUGUUUUCCAAGUCAUCAACACCAUCCUAAGUGUUCAACCUUUCAUCCAGUUUACAAGGGAGACUCUUUUUGAUCUGAUUCAGCCUGUACGAGCAAUAGUACAAGAGCAUCCAAAGGACAAAGGUUCCAUGCAGCUCUUACUGCUAUUAACGAGCAAAUAUGCUCAAACAUUAAUAGAAUUUUCUGCAAUAGACAUGAUUGAAGACAUUUGUAAUAUGAGUUCCAUGUUCUUAAAGCGUGCUGUGCUAGGUCAAAUUACAUCUAUUAGAAAAAAGCAAGAAGGUGCUUUAAAAUUGACAUAA